UUUAUUUUUUUUCCCCCAUUUUUUAUGGUUGAUCCACAUUCUUCGCGUGUCUCCUCCAUGGAUCAUGAGGCUAUGAUUGUCAUUACGCAUCGUUACGCCACUGGUAUUUUGGUCAACCACUAUCAAUCUUUCCUUUUCUCUUUUCUUUCUCCAUUAGAAGUCGAAGUAAAAUUCAAUUCGCCAAGCAAUCUCCGAAGACUCGUAACAUUCGCGUAGGCACAUAGACCAACGCUUUUCUGUUCAUCAUAAUGUCGUUUUCGUGUUGAAUGGUGUAUUCGUCAUUGCGUACAGGUUUAGAUUGCUCUUGUGCUGGCUUUGAAUUGUAACAUUCUUAGUUUAAAGUUUUGGUUGGGUCGGGGGACUAAGGGCAUGCUCUUGGUCCCCUGUAAAUGAGUUGCAAAACAAGUUGAGUGCAUUAAUUGGAGAUAAUGAGUGUUGAACUUCACAGUCCAUUUCUUGGGGCCCCACUUAAGUGCACUGUUUUUGGAAGAAGAAAAAGGGGCGAGAAUGCUUACCUCAGGGGAGUUAAAUUAAAACCCUCCAAAAAGGGUUCGGAUUUUCUAUCAUGUAAAUGUGCAAAGAAGCAUGAAUGGAUCUUCCAUGGCAACAAAUUUAUGCACUUCUGCGAGAAAAAUGUUGAGUUAUUAUGGAAGAAGCUGGAACUCCGGAGUGGUUGGAUGAUCAAUUCUGUCAAAGAGCCCAUUGUACGCAGCAAGACUUUGGUCAAAUAUAUGACUCCAGUAUGGGAAGAGGGGUUAUUUCUCUUCAGGUGCUCUGUCUUUUGUACCGUGAUAUCUGGGGUGUGUUUAUUGGUUUGGUAUGGGCAGUCAAAAGCAAAAGUUUAUAUUGAAGUCAAUCUCUUGCCUUCCAUUUGUACACUACUGAGUGGUCAUAUUCAGCGAGAACUUGAUUUUGGUAAGGUUCGAAGAAUUUCACCUUUAAGCAUUACAUUGGAGUCUUGCUCAAUUGGGCCUCACAGUGAAGAGUUCUCUUGUGGCGAGGUUCCAACUAUCAAGCUACGAAUUCGUCCUUUUGCCAGCCUGAGGAGGGGAAAAGUUGUGAUUGAUGCUGUUUUGUCCAACCCAAGUUUGUUGGUAGCACAAAAAAAGAGCUACACUUGGUUGGGGAUACCCUAUUCAGAAGGCAUUCCCCAGAGGCACUUGUCCACUGAAGAAGGAAUUGAUUAUCGUACAAGAACUCGGAGAAUAUCAAGGGAGGAAGGUGCUAGAGAAUCUGCUGAAAAAGGUUAUGUCAUUUCUGAGUGCAACUGUGUUCUGCCUGAUCAUUUGAAGGAGAGUACGAGUCUCCCCACAAGGUUGGGAACUCCUGACCCAUUCCAUUAUAUGGACCAGAAAGUGCAAUGGGGAGAUCAUCAUUGCAUGGAUGCUGGUGCAGAGUAUGAUUUGAAGCAUGCAGAUUUAGAGAGAUCAUUUGGUGCAAAAAUUUCCUCUGCAGAAAGUAGCAUGUGGUCCAGAAUUAUGCUAGGGUCUAAGAGGCAUAAGUUCAAGAGGAAGAACAAUGGAAGAGAUUCAUCUAUGGUAGGCAUUGCUUCUAAAAGAAGACUUCUUGAGCGUAGUGCAUCUGCAGCUCAUUUAUAUUUCCAAGGGCAAUGGCUGGGGAAGUCUAGCAAUUCUAGUAAGGGUUCUGCAGGAUUUGAUGCUCCGAACUUGGAGACUUCUCCAAUGCAAAGCAGUGCUGAUGCAGCCAGCUCCAACUCUGAAAGAGAUGCAAGUGCUGAUCAUCAGGAUGUGAAGGUUGAUUAUAAUGUUGAUGAUAGAAAAAUUGAAGUUACUGAGGGUGUAUUGACAAACAAGGUGAUCUUGGAGGUGGAGAACGAAUCCAAAACUGACUCUAGUAUCUUACACGAUCCUUUUCUUUUUACUUUGGCUAGAAUUACUAAAUCUACCAACUUCAAUAAUAAAUUUUCAUCAGAAGGCAAUGCUGUAGGACCGAGAGGCACCAGCACUGGUCCCACAAGUAGUCAAUAUCUGGAAGGUGAUGAUAUCAUUAACACAAAUGCAAGGAAUGAAACUAUUAGAUUGGUCGAGGAGGUGAAGAAUGCUCAUGAUGAUAUUUUGGAUAGUCAAGGUGUCCAUGCCUCUAGUAGUUCUAGUCUGAUGGAGCUUGAACCUUCAAGCUCGGUGAAUCAUUUGGAAAGUUUAUCGCCCUCGAGCCCACAAUCAGGAGUUGAGGAUAUAUCCAAAGAACUAGUUGAUGAGAGCGGUGAAGAAAAUACUUCAGGCAUAGAUAAAAUGAUUCCUGUUGUCCUUGACUCUGUGCAUUUUAAAGGUGGUACAUUGAUGCUGCUUGCAUAUGGUGAUACAGAACCAAGAGAAAUGGAAGUUGCUACUGGACAUGUGAAGUUUCAAAAUCACUAUGGACGUGUCCAUGUGCAGCUUAGUGGAAACUGUAAGAUGUGGAGAUCAGGGAUGAUUUCUGAAGAUGGUGGGUGGUUGUCCUCGGAUGUUUAUGUUGAUAUCAUCGAGCAGAAAUGGCAUGCGAAUUUGAAAAUAUCAAAUCUCUUUGUCCCGCUUUUUGAGAGGAUUGUAGACCUUCCAAUUACAUGGUCUAAAGGAAGAGCUAGUGGCGAGGUUCACAUAUGCAUGUCCAAGGGAGAAACUUUUCCUAAUUUUCACGGGCAGCUAGAUGUAACUGGGCUGGCCUUUCACAUAUAUGAUGCUCCGUCAUGGUUUUCUGAUAUGUCUGCAAGUUUGUUUUUUCGUGCCCAGCGAAUAUUUUUGCACAAUGCCAGGGGCUGGUUUGGUGAUAUUCCUUUAGAAGCAUCUGGGGAUUUUGGCAUUGAUCCGGAGGAAGGAGAGUAUCACCUAAUGUGCCAGGUUCCAUCGGUAGAAGUGAAUGCCUUGAUGAAAACAUUCAAGAUGAAGCCCUUGUUAUUUCCGUUGGCGGGAUCAGUAACAGCAGUAUUUAAUUGUCAAGGCCCAUUGGAUGCUCCUGUGUUUGUGGGGAGUGCAUUGGUCUCAAGGAAACUUAUUCAUUUGUCUGCUAAUACUCCUCAAUCAGCGGCAUAUGAGGCAAUGAUGAAUAAUAAAGAGGCUGGUGCUGUGGCAGCUAUUGACCAUGUUCCAUUAUCUUAUGUGUCUGCCAACUUUACCUUUAACACUGAUAAUUGUGUUGCUGACUUGUAUGGAAUCAGAGCUACACUUGUUGAUGGUGGUGAAAUACGUGGAGCGGGGAAUGCUUGGAUUUGUCCUGAGGGUGAGGUUGAUGACACGGCAAUGGAUGUGAACUUUUCAGGCAACUUAUGUUUCGAUAAAAUUAUGCAUCGAUAUAUACCUGGUUAUCUUCAAACGAUGCCCCUUAAAUUAGGAGAUCUGAAUGGAGAAACAAAAGUUUCUGGCUCAUUGUUAAGACCGAGAUUUGAUAUCAAAUGGAUCGCACCAAGAGCAGAGGGAUCACUUUCUGAUGCUCGUGGAGAUGUCAUAAUUUCACCUGAUCAUAUUUGUGUCAAUUCUUCAUCUGCUGCUUUUGAAUUGUAUAUGAAAGUUUUAACUUCAUAUCCUGAUGAAAACUGGUUAAACUGGAGAGAGUGUGGUGAAGUAGUUACCAUGCCUUUCUCAGUGGAAGGAGUUGAAUUGGAUCUACGGAUGCGCAAUUUUGAAUUUUUCAACUUUGUUUCUUCCUAUUCUUUCGAUUCUCUGAGGCCCGUGCAUCUGAAAGCAACAGGAAGAAUUAAGUUUCAAGGGAAGGUUAACAAGAAUUGCUACAGCAUUGACAGCCAAGUCCUCCAGCCUGAUGAGAAUUUAAGACUGCCCUUGAUGGGUGAUGAAGAUACAAAGAGUAUUUCCGGCGAGGUCUCAAUCUCAGGUCUAAAACUUAAUCAAUUGAUGCUGGCUCCUCAGUUAGCUGGAGUGUUGAACAUAACAUCUAAGGGUAUCAAGUUGGACGCUACUGGUAGACCAGAUGAAAGUCUCGCAAUAGAACUGGUAGGGCCUCUGCGAUCAACUUCUGAAGAGAAUCUAGCUGGAAAGUUGCUGUCUUUUUCUCUGCAGAAAGGUCACCUGAAAGCUAAUGCAUAUUAUCAACCACUACAUUCAGCUAACUUGGAGGUACGCCAUUUGCCGCUGGAUGAGCUGGAGCUAGCCUCACUUCGUGGAGCAAUUUCAAGAGCAGAACUUCAGUUGAACUUUCAGAAAAGAAGGGGCCAUGGUGUGCUCUCUGUUCUCCGGCCAAAAUUCAGUGGUGUUUUGGGGGAAGCUCUGGAUGUGGCUGCCAGAUGGAGUGGGGAUGUGAUCACUGUCGAAAGAGCAAUCUUGGAACAAAGCAGUAGCAAAUAUGAACUACAAGGGGAGUAUGUGUUGCCUGGCUCCCGAGAUCGAAGCACUGCUGGAAGGGAAACAGGUAGCUUGUUCCAGAGAGUCAUGACUGGUCAUCUUGGUAGCAUGAUCUCUUCUAUGGGUAGAUGGAGAAUGAGGCUAGAGGUGCCUAACGCUGAGAUUGCUGAGAUGCUUCCACUUGCUAGGCUUCUUUCUCGAAGUUCUGAUCCUGCUGUGCAAUCUAGAUCAAAGGACCUCUUCAUACAAAGUUUGCAGUCAGUUGGACUGUGUGCUGAAAGCCUUCAAAAACUUCUGGAGGAAGUUCGGGGUCACUGUGCUGCAUCAUAUGAAGUUGUCCUUGACGAUUUCGAUCUUCCUGGUUUAGCUGAACUUAAAGGUCGCUGGCGUGGUUCUUUAGAUGCAAGUGGAGGAGGCAAUGGAGACACAACGGCCGAGUUUGACUUUCAUGGAGAGGAAUGGGAGUGGGGAACAUAUACAACGCAGCGGAUUCUAGCAGCUGGUAUGUACAGCAACAAUGAUGGUCUGCGUCUUGAGAAAAUCUUCAUCCAAAGGGAUAAUGCCACGAUCCACGCAGAUGGAACAGUAUUAGGGCCAAAGACAAAUUUGCAUUUUGCUGUUCUGAAUUUUCCGGUCAGUUUGGUUCCUACUUUAGUUCAGGUUAUUGAAAAUUCAGCCACUGAAGCUGUUCACUCUCUGCGGCAAUUAUUAGCACCAAUUAGAGGCAUCCUACACAUGGAAGGUGAUCUUAAAGGAAAUCUAGCUAAACCAGAAUGUGAUGUCCAAGUCAGGCUCCUUGAUGGGGCGAUUGGUGGAAUUGAACUUGGUAGGGCUGAAGUUGUUGCUUCUCUAACCCCAACAAGCCGUUUCCUGUUUAACGCAAAAUUUGAACCCAUUGUUCAAAAUGGCCAUGUACAUAUUCAAGGAAGCAUUCCUGUGACACUUGUACAGAACAAUAUUUCGGAGGAAGAAGGUACUGAAAGAGAUAGAACUGAAGCCACAUGGGUUCGAGGUUGGGAUACAGAGAGAAGUAAAGCAUCUGCAGAUGAAGCUAGUGAUAGAAAGGGGUCCAGAGAAAAAAAUCAAGAGGUUUGGGAUACACAAUUGGCAGAGAGCCUCAGGGGUUUGAACUGGAACAUAUUGGAUGCAGGGGAAGUUAGGAUUGAUGCUGAUAUUAAAGAUGGUGGCAUGAUGUUGCUAACAGCAUUGUCUCCUUAUGCUAACUGGCUCCAUGGAAAUGCCGAAAUUAUGCUUCAGGUAAGGGGCACUGUUGAGCAACCCGUACUGGAUGGGUCUGCCUAUUUUCACAGGGCAACUGUGUCUUCACCUGUACUUAGGAAACCAGUAACUAAUCUUGGAGGGACAGUGCUUGUAAAUUCAAAUAGAUUGCGAAUUGGCUCAUUGGAGGGUAGAGUAAGCAGAAAGGGUAAAUUGUCUGUAAAAGGGAAUCUGCCCCUCCGAAUAAGUGAAGCGGCUCUCAGUGACAAACUAGACUUGAAAUGUGAGGUUCUGGAAGUGCGUGCAAGGAAUAUCUUGAGUGGCCAGGUUGAUUCUCAGUUGCAAAUUACUGGAUCUAUUAUGCAACCAAACAUCUCUGGAAAGAUAAAGAUUAGCCAAGGAGAAGUAUAUCUACCACAUGACAAGGGUAGUGCAGUUGCUCCUUUCAAUAGGGAUACAACAAAUGAACCAAGGUCAGCAGCUGGUGGUUAUGGCCGCAUAGUUGCAUCAAAGUAUGUUUCACGUUUUCUCAACCUAAUACCAGCGUCAUCGAAGAGCGCCUUCCACCAAUCAUCUGGUGAAAGUGAUGAGGUUGAAAAGGAGAUGGUGCUGGUGAAUAGUAAGCCGAAACUAGAUAUCCGCCUAACAGACUUGAGGGUUGCUCUUGGACCUGAACUGAGGAUAGUUUAUCCUCUGAUACUCAAUUUUGCUGUUAGUGGAGAGCUUGAAUUAAAUGGUCCAGCUCAUCCCAAAUGGAUAAAACCUAAAGGCAUUCUGACAUUCGAGAAUGGUGAUGUAAAUCUUGUUGCGACACAGGUGAGGCUCAAGCGAGAACAUCUUAAUAUAGCAAAAUUUGAGCCUGACAAUGGACUUGAUCCGAUGUUGGAUUUAGCCCUGGUAGGAUCAGAAUGGCAAUUUAGGAUUCAAAGUCGAGCUAGCAAAUGGCAGGAAAAAUUGGUGGUGACUUCAACUCGUUCAGGGGAGCAAGAUGUCCUCUCAACUACUGAGGCUGCUAGAGUCUUUGAAAGUCAACUAGCUGAAUCAAUACUGGAAGGCGAUGGCCAGCUUGCAUUUAAGAAGCUUGCUACCGCAACGCUUGAGACAUUGAUGCCGAGGAUAGAGGGCAAGGGAGAAUUUGGACAGGCAAGGUGGAGGCUAGUUUAUGCUCCCCAAAUCCCCAGUUUGCUUUCUGUGGACCCUACAGUUGAUCCCCUCAAGUCUCUGGCUAGCAACAUUUCAUUUGGAACUGAAGUUGAAGUCCAGCUGGGGAAGCGUCUUCAGGCAUCUGUAGUUAGGCAGAUGAAGGAUUCAGAGAUGGCAAUGCAGUGGACUUUGAUCUACCAGCUCACAAGCCGUCUUCGGGUGCUCCUACAAUCUGCUCCGUCCAAACGUCUCUUAUUCGAAUACUCUACAACUUCACAGGACUAGCAUGGCGGAUGAACAUCUUCAUCUUUAGACUAGAACUGUUUGAAGCCCUUUACCAACUGUAAACAUCCCGUUCUCCAGCCAAAGUCGAGCAGUGAUAUGAUUUAGUGUAAAGCCUUCUAUUCUUUUCUCUUCACGGAUGUGUUCAUCGAAUUUUGACCUUGUAAAUUGAUUCUGUAAAUAUUUGUUCUUUGCACAAAUAUGAAAUGAGCUUGUUUUUAGGUGCCA